AUGCACAAGACUUUCUCUCUGUCUACUGCGUUUGCUCACUGUGGUAAUGGCAAGGAGUACCUCAAGGUCGAUUGCACAAACUUGAAGUGCAGACUGUGUGCGGAACCUUUCAACACGAUUGAAGAAAUCGCUACACAUAUAAACAAUUUCCAUCCUAAUGACAAGCUGGAUACGGAAUUUGAAAUAGGACUUCAACCGUAUAGAAUAGAUAAGGACAAAUGGCUAUGUUUUUUAUGUGACAUGAAAUUUCCCACUAUAACCAAAUUGUGCCGACAUACGACGUCUCAUUAUCAAAAGUUUACUUGCGAAAGCUGCGGCAGGAGCUAUAUGACUAACGAAGCUCUGAAGUAUCACAUACGCUGUAGUCAUGCCGCUAAGCCACAGUGUAGGAAAUGCUGGCAAGAGUUCCCUUCGAUAGAGCUGAAGCGUGAGCACAUCAGACGUUCAAAAUCAUGCUGGCCGUUCUGUUGUGUAGAAUGUGGAGAGAGGUUUAUGUCGUGGGAGUGUAAGCAAAAGCAUCUAGUAGCGGUUCACGGUCAGCCGAAAGCGACGUACGUGUGUCCCGAAUGUGGGGAGGUGUUCGAAAAGAGAAAAAUAUUCUACAUCCACUUCAAAAUGAACCACACCGACGAGAAUUACAUUUGUUCGUGUUGCGGGAUGAAAUGUGGAUCGAAACUGCAACUAGACGAUCAUAGAAUAGUUCACACCGGAGAGAAACAGUUCGAAUGUAGCGUUUGUAAGAAAUCUUUUACGAGGAAGAGGAGUCUGACUCAACACAUGUGGAUACAUAGCGAAACGAAACGAUUCUCGUGCAUGAUUUGCGACAAACAAUUUGCACAAAAGGUUAGCUUAAAGGGUCAUAUGAAGUCACAUCACCCGGAAAUUUCUACGGAUUUUUGA